AUGAGUUUCACAAAUAAAUCACAAUUGCGAAAACACGGACAAUUUAGACGUAUUAAGCCUACAGGGCGACCGGCGCACAUAGAUACUAAUCCAAUUUUACAGAUGGUUCGUGACGAUCCAACCAUCAGCACACGAACCAUUGCGCGGAAUAUAAAUGUUAGCCAGAAAACGGUAUGUAGGGCUUUAAAGUCGGCUCACUUUCAUCCUUACAAAGUUAUUCUGACUCAAGAGUUGCGUAUCAAUGAUGAAUCCCGCAUAUUGAGUUACGGGGCAGGCACGUAUCCUGGUGGUGCCGAAGUCGCGGGCACGUAUGCUGGUGCCGCCGAUGCCGAUGUUGCGGGCACGUAUGCUGGUGCCGCCGGUACCGCAGGCACGUAUCCUGAUGGUGCCGAAGUCGCGGGCACAUAUGCUGGUGCUGCCGGUGCCACGGGCACGUAUGCUGGUGCCGCCGGUGCCGCGGGUACGUAUCCUGGUGGUGCCGAUGUCGCGGGCACGUAUGCUGGUACCGCCGGUGCCGCGGGCACGUAUACUGGUGGUGCCGAUGCCGCGGGCACGUAG